UUCGUAGACGCGCUAGUCCGUUAUUGGGUUGCACGUGUGAGGUGUUUUGUUUUGCUAAAUGAACUCGGUUUAAUUUAUCCGUAGAACGCGAUAUAAAACAAUGGUGGCCAAAGGAAAGAAGGCCAGCGCAGAUGCGGUUUACGCCAAAAAGACAACCAGGUCGGCCAAUCCCUUCGACAACUCGACGGCACAGUCCAGCAAGCGGGGCAAUCCCUUCGAUGUGCACGUGAACAAGGAGAAGUUCAAGAUUCUGGGGAGGAUCUGCAAGCAUGACAGGGGAAUGCCGGGCGUGUCGCGGGCCAAGGCUCUGCAGAAACGAGCGCAGACAUUGGGUCAACAGUUUGCCGUGAAGCACAAGACCAAUCGCUUCAAGGAUAACCGAAUUGGAAAACACUUGAGUGGCGAUCAGCUAACCGAGUCCGUGAUGAAUGCCCGCUACCUGGCCGAAAAGAUGUCCCAGGUGCGCUCCAACCAGAAAGCGGAGAAGUUCAACCUCAACGACGACGAACUACUGACGCACAGGGGACAAACUCUGGAGGAGAUCGAGCAGUACAGGGACGAGCGCUCCGACGACGAGGAGCUAGACGACGAGGCAUUAGAUGCCGAUUUUACUGCUGCUGCUCAUUUUGGCGGAGAGGGAGACUCUGCCCAGGAUAGACAGGCGGCCAUCGAUGAGAUGAUCGUUGAACAAAAACGAAGAAAGAACGAAAUCGCCAAGGAGAAGGACGAAGUGUAUGAUCUCACAGAGAAACUGGAUGCCAACUAUAAGCUUCUGCUGCCGCUGGUCGCCAAGGUCACGAAGGAUGAGCAGGAUGCCAAGCCACCGCCAGAUGCCUACGAUAAACUGCUCAAGGAGAUGAUCUUCGAGCCGCGUGGCAGUGUCGCGGAUAAACUAAUCAAUCCCGACGAGCUGGCCAAACAGGAGGCCGCUCGAUUGGAGAAGCUCGAGAACGAACGGCUUCGUCGCAUGCGAGCAGAUGGCGAGGAGGAUGAGGAGGCCUCCGUUGCCAAACCCAAGCACCGAUCCGCAGAUGACCUGGAUGAUGGCUAUUUCUUGGCCGGCGAAGAUGACGAGGGAGAUGAUACGCUCGCUUACGAUUUGGACGGCAAUCUGGGCACACAUCUCAAUGGAAAGAAGGAAGCCGUGUUGAAGGGAGACGAAAAUGAGGAUGACGAUGACAAGGAGGGGGAAGAAGAGGAAGAGGAGGACUCGGAUGAGGAGAGUGAUUCAGAGGUCGACAAUCUGAGCGAUCUCAAGGAAUCUGAAAGUGAGUCAGAGCCAGAAGAAGCUCCGAAGGCUAGCAAAAAGAAAGCGAAAAAGUCUGCGGAUACAAUUCCCGCCUCCUUGGACACCAGUAUUCCGUUUACCAUCAAGAUGCCCAAGACCUACGAGGACUUUACGGAGCUGCUCUCCAAGCAUGCUACGGCCCAGAAGGCGAUCAUUAUCGAAAGGAUUAUAAAAUGUAAUCAUCCCAAACUGGAAGGUGUUAACCGCGAGAACGUGGUUAAGUUGUACUCAUUUUUGCUGCAAUAUCUGAAGGAUUUGUUUGAAGAUGCCAGCGAGCAGGACAUACGAGAACAUUUCCAGUUGCUCUCAAAGCUCAUGCCUUACUUAUAUGAAUUAACGCAACUGAAUCCCGAGCGCAUGUCCAAUACAUUACUGGAGGUGAUCAAGGAGAAGUACGAAGAGUUCAGGAAAAAUCACAAAAUGUAUCCUUCACUUGACACUUUGGUGUACUUCAAACUAGUGGCCAACUUGUACUCGACUUCCGAUUUCCGCCAUCCGGUGGUCACUCCUUGCUUUAUAUUCAUACAACACGUCCUGUCCAGAUCACGAGUGCGAACGCGUCAGGAAAUAUCUAUGGGUUUGUUCCUGGUCACCGUAGUCUUGGAGUUUGUGUCCCAAUCCAAGAGACUGGUUCCAGCCGUAUUCAACUUCCUGCAGGGCAUUGUACACAUGUCCAUACCGAAGAGGGAUGUGGAACAGUUGGAGAUCACGCCGCCUUUUGAGCGUGAUGGUCCAUUGAGCAAGCUCCUAGCACUUCCAGCUAACACGGAAUCCACGAAGUUGGAGCCCCAACAGCUGCAGCCUACUGACUUGGUCACCCAGACGAUCACUCCAGAUUUCAAGGUUCGAGCACUGGACACUUCCCUCCUGCUAAUCAAGGAAGCUCUCCAACUGGUGGAAGAGCAUGUGGGUGCCUGCUACCUGGCCCAACCCUUUUUGGCACUACUCUCCCGCCUUCCACUGGAGUCUUACCCCGAGCAUGUGCAUCAGCACCACAAGGAUGCCACCGAACUGGCGGAGAAGCUAGCUGCGCAGAAAAUGAAACCCUUGGCUCCGGCGGAAAAGAAACCCAAGGCUCUUAGGCUGCUGGAACCUCGAUUCGAGGCGGUUUACGAUGACAAACGUCGUCCCAAGAUGUCCAAGGCCAAGGAAGAGCGGGCCAAACUGCUGCACAAGAUCAAGCGCGAGAAGAAGGGUGCCAUUCGAGAAAUACGCAGAGAUACGUCCUUCGUUCAGAUGCUUAGGCUCAAACAGACCCUGCAAAGUGACAAGGAGCGCCACGAGAAGGUUAAGCGCAUUUACCAGGAGGCAUCCGUGCAACAGGGCGAGCUCAAUGAGCUGUCCCGGGCCAAAAAGAAGAAGAAGUUCUAGGCUCGACUUUGAAUUAGUUAUUUUUAGCUAGACUAUAAACAAAGCUGAGAGUAAAGAAUAUAGCAGUGUUGCUUAUAUUUUAGUAUCACGAAAUCGGCCUUCACAGUUUUUAUAGUUAUGCAAAGCUACUAACCCAGAUUAAGCACAAGGGUGGGUCGAUUAAAAUGAAACAUCUCAUCAUUGCUCUUUGAAAGCACUAUAGCACCAACAUACAUUUCCAAAUUAAAAACAUGUUUCUUCAAGAAGCAACAAAAUUUAACGACUUCCUUUAACUACUAUAACUUUAAUAACAAAAUUGACCCACCCCAAUGUACGUAUAUGUAUAUGAUAAUCCUAUGUGCCUACUUCGUCUUUCCCGAGAUUUGCCGGCAUCGCAGAGUCGCCUGUUCCACCGCUCCAGACACCGCAGCCCGAAAACCUGCAAUCGACAUCAAAGGUUGAAGUGGCGGCGAUAAGCGAGUGCGUCAUCGGCGUCAUCAUCCCAACUUACCUGACAGCUCGAGUUGUCUGAGUGCCGCUGCUGUCGAUCCCGCCGGACUUGUGACCCCAUCCUUGAGUUGUCCGGGAUGCAUACCACUGUCCCGCACCAUGUGACCUGCGCCCAGGACUGUUUGCGAUGCCAAACGAUAGGCCAGAUCCCUGGGCAUGCCCAUGUGAACGGCUCCAUCCGCCAAGGCCUCAAUCAUCACGAAUACAUAGGCCGGUCCACUUCCGCUCAGAGCAGUAACCACAUCCAACUGGGACUCAUCCACCGGCUCACAAGUGCCCACGGACUGCAGCAGCUUCUGGGUAAUAUCCGCAUCUGCAUCUGUGGCCUUGGAUCCGCGAACGAAAACCGAACAACCGGAACACACGACAGCCGGCAGAUUGGGCAUCACACGGAUGACGCGAGCUUGUGGAGAUAAACUGGACUCGAUGGUGGACAAAGUGAUGCCCAUGGCCACGGAAAGGAAUAGUUUGCCCGAGCUCAAUGGCUGAAUCUCCGACAAAACCGAGGGAACCACUUGGGGUUUCACGGACACGAAGACCACAUCCGAUUGCUGCACAACGGGUGCAUUCUUGAUCACUGUUUCCACUCCCAGGGAUUGAAAGGACUGCAGGGAGAGCUUAUCUGCCGGAUGGACGCUGGCUAUCAGGGUAUUGGGUUUGGCCAGGCCUAGGAAAUGAAUUAGGAAAUUUGGCGAUUAUAUGAUGAAAUCCUUAACGUCCUAUCCUUUUGUAUCUAAUUAUAAGAUGAUGUUAGUUCAUAUAUAUAUUGCAUAUCCAAGUGUGUCUUAUCUAUUGUCUAGCACAAAGUAUGUCAGACUACAAAUCUAUUUUAUUAGUGGCUUUCUCACCGGCCGCUAGGAAACCCUUAGCCAAAGCCUUGGCCAUAUUCCCGCCUCCCAGGAAUCCGAUCUUUCCGAUUGCCGACAUUAGUUAAUGGGUUAAAAAGUCCGCGGACUGUGAGUACUGAACUUUCUGCUGGUGGAACGGCAACUGUGCGCCCGCCGCCGGCGUUGACCAAAAACAGACGCGAGGAUUGAUAAGAAAUCUUGCCCGGCCAACCCCCUCCCAAUCCCCUGCGUUGAGGGAACAACACACCCAGCGAUCUGAGCUUAUCAUUGAGGUUCCUAUGUGUGGGUUCGGCAAUCGACAGCGGGGCAAAAUAAUAAU